GGCGGUCAAGUGUUGUUGGAAUUCCUAAACAAUCAAUUUUGCUCAUCGAUAAAGUGGCUAAUGCUGUAGAUCAACAUGGAGAAAGGUGAUGAAAAAGAAUUCGUUGCUUUAGCCAAAGAAAUAAUUCAAAAGUGCAACUUAAACAUAAGAGUAAAGAACUUGAGUGACUGCAAUGAUGAAUUUUUCGUGUUGUUGUACAAGGGCCUGAUUGGUGACAAUAUCAAGGGCUUGAUGUCCAAUCCUGUAAGUGAAGGUGACCAUAUUCACAACUGCAAUUGCGUGAUUGACAGCUUGGCUAGUGACGUUUUGAAUGUUGAUUUAUCACACAUCAAUGCAAAAGGAAUUGUCAGUGGGGAUGUCAUAUCAAUCAAAAACUUGCUGGAAAUAUUCUCUGGAUUACUGGAAUAUUUUAUGGAGUGUAUUGAUGAAAACCAAAGUGAUUUUGAAGACGAUUUGGAUGAUUCCAAUGUAAUUACAGCAGAUCAUGAUGUGAUCUCAAGUCUUUUGAGAGAAGAGUUUGGAUCUUCAUAUACAGAUCAUAGUAGAAAAGAUACUAAUUUAUUAGGAAAGCGAGUCAGACCUAAUGAUUCAAGGAUGACUACAGAUCCUUCAAUAAGAAUCAGCUCAUUUACUGGGCCAGGCCAUGAGGCAGACUUCUCAGAGCAAUCACAGGUCAGUGAUUCUACUAAUGAAUUAAUCAAGCUUGGUGAAUCAAGUAGCAGUGGUAGUUCAUCAGUAGUGAAAAAAGGAUCAUUGAGGGAACUUGGUCAAAAGAAGUCUGCUAAAAUAACAUGGCAACAUAGCACCUUGUCUGACAAUCACCAGGAAUUAACACAAUACACCAUUUCAUCUGAUGAAGGAGACUCCUUAAAUGCACAAGAUAACAAGAAUCAAUCAUCUGAUCACUUGUCAAGUAGUCUUAUGUCAAGUACAUCAUCCUGGCGACAACAGAUAUCACCUCUUGAUGCCGAUGACCAUGGUAUAAAACUUGACACUAUUGGACUGAGACCCAAAGUCGACAAACUGACAACAGCAGCAGGUAAAGAUAGCAGUGUAAAUGGUGGCUCAAGUGGACGAUCUUCUCCUAUUCUUCAUCAUCAUUAUCAUCAUCAUUUUCACCAUCCAGCUGACCCAAAGAUUCCCAGGACAGGAAAUGUGCCAUCAAGCCAUUACAGUAAGAUCCAGGAUUACAGGGAUAUUCCUGGUAACAUUAARACAUCAGCUCAAGUAARCAGUACCAUGUUACCUGGUAUUAGCAGUAUUGGAAGGGAACCAUUACCUGAGAAUCUUCCUGGACAGUUAUUACCCAGACAGAGUUUACCUGAAACAUCRGUCCACACCAGUGGUAGGACAGGUAKUUCURGAGUCACAGGCCUUUCAAAGUUAGCUGUCAGUGAAAGUAAUAUUGGACAUGGAAUAAGCCAGUCCAUACCAAGACAAAGAAGUCUAUUCAAAAGUCAAAAUGUUUUACCCAAAGACACAUCRUCAAGUCUUGCUGGACUGAGUCAAAGGAUACCAGUAUCUAAUUACUCAGCAUCAAGUAUUCCAGAAGUGCAAUUCAGUAGUAAUGUAUCAGCUACAAAGUUACCAGUAAGUGCUUAUACAAGAACUGGUCAAACUGGUUAUUCUAGUACUGGURUUUCUAGUAGUACAUCUAGCAGAGUUUUGACUGGCCUGACUGGACAAAAACAAACAAUGCCUAGUAGUAGUGCAUUCCAGACAACUGCAACUGAUCAACRAAGCACAACUACAAGAACUGGCCUGUCUGGAAAAGCACCAAUACCAGGGSUGUCAGAUCAGUUUCAACUUAGAAAAAGUGUCCAGGAACAGAGAGCUGUAAGUAGUGCAGAUACCACUGCUACAAAAACCACAGUUCCUGGACAGGAWUACACUWUCCACAAAGGACUAUCAGACUAUCACUCUAGACUGAGACCUCAUCUUCAUACUGAGAAACCRAUAACYGGCAUCUCUACAAGAGUUUCUUCAACUGUCAAUACAAGCCAUGUACCAGCACUAUCUGAUUCUGUUAGAUUAAGAGAUCCAAGUAUUGUACCAGGACAAAGGUCUUUACUUGACCAGUACUCAUUAUCCAAAGGAACAUCAAUAACAACUGCAACAAGUUUGCCAAGUUCUUCAGGACUACUAACAGUAUCAAGUGGGGGUUACAGUGACGUCUUUACAAGUACUACUAAUACAAACAUGUAUAAACAGUAUGUGCUAMCAACCAGUAGCAAGUCAUUGGAUAMUAGAAAAUCAAGGGAGUCCAAAGAACUCAAUAAAACAUUGGAAUCAGAAGUGGUUCCUACUGCAAGUAAAGACAACAGAACCAGUGUGUUGUCACAGCCAGGAAGUAGUYGUCAGGAUGUACAGCCAGGAAGUAGUCAUCAGGAUAUACAGCCAKUGGACAGUGAGAGUGAUGACGACGAUGCUGCACGAUACAGUGACAGUGCAAUUGAUUACAAUCGUGGAGAUGAUCAAGCUGAUAGCGACAAUGAUUCAAGUGAAGACAGCAUAUUACGCAGGAUUCAUGAUCGCUGGAAGAGGUUAAAGACAAGUCAGUCAACAAAACCUUCAGCGCAAAGAGCUGUGACAUUCAACGAUGACAUUGAAACCAUUCCCAUCACCAGCCGAAUGGACAGAUUGAGAAGACUUCUUGAUGAUGAGGCAGACGAACAACGACAACAAACAGCAGUGCUUCGUAAUGUGUACGCUGAACAACUACAAGAUAUACAGAAACASCAGCAACAAGACAGAAAUGAAAUGAAAAAGAGAAAAGUCCAGAAAUCGCCAUUAGUUCCGAAGAAAAAGGCCAAGAAAACAGUGCCUAGCAAACAGCGAGGGCGUCUUGAGGCUAUCUACCGACCACAAGGCAGGCCGGGACGACCGACGAAGCGACRUUCGAUGAAGAGYAGGAAACGAAGCGCGUCAGCGAGUCCGGACAUCGGUCGAAGAAGAAGAAGUACUCUUGCAGAUUUCCACGAAACUCUCCURCCGUCUUUGUUUGAGGAAUUCCCGUUUCUCCACGUUUCGCCCCAAACCACUCACUCCAUGUGGCAGAAACAAGCCAAACAAAUCAGUCUUCUCAGCAAAUCAGAAACUGCAGCUCUGAAAACAAAAGGUCAAGGUCAGCGACGUGUUGAAGAAGCUGAAAAACGUCAGGAACAAUUGUUGAAAAUUUUGCGCAAAGAAUUGGAACACAACGAGCGAAUGCGCAGUGAACGCGAACGGCAGGAUCACCAGAGGACUAUCAAAGCCAAAGUCAACGAGAAGCGACAAGUGRCUGCGCGCGCACGGCGCUACUACGAUGAAUAUCAACUACGUAUGCGUGCAAAGAUGCUUAAAAGAAGAACCCGCGAAGAACAAAUUCUCAAGAAACUGUUUGACGACGGGUUGGAAAUUCAGAAGCAGCGAGUACGUGAAUUACGCAAAUACGCCAAGGAGAAAUCUGAAGUUAUCGAGCAGCGGCAAUCCAACGAGAUUGAAUCACUUGAAAACUACUACAAAGAUCAAUUUUCAAUGCUAGCAGAAGACAUGACUCGUGAAAGAAAAGAAAUGAAAGUACGACAACAAGCACAAGAAAAGGUCAUGAGACAAAUGCGACGAGAGCUUCGUAAAAAAAUGGAAAAAGAAAUUGAGGAUCUUCAAGAAACCCUAACUAGAGACGAAGACUCGGCGUAUUUUAGGCAACUCGAGGCUGAUAGGUUACGACGAGAGUUUCAGUUGGCUAUGUAUAAAUCAGAUCUUUGAAAUGACAAUUAGUAGAAUGGAUUGAAAAAUAAUGGUAGCUAUUAGAGAAAUURUGCACAAAUUAAUAAAUAAGCGAAUAAACAGAAACGCUCUUUGAGCGCUUACGCGGA